AUGGCGGAGAACCAAAGAGAAUUUGCCCUUCAAAGACAGGGUAGCGGAUGCCUAUUCGGACGUGAUGGUGACCUAUACCAUGACCAGCUCCCUGUACUUUAUCACCUUUGGCAUGGGUGCCAGCCCAUUCACCAACAUAGAGGCCGUGAAGGUCUUCUGUCAGAACAUGUGUGUCUCCAUCCUGUUGAACUACUUCUACAUUUUCUCAUUCUUUGGCUCCUGUCUAGUCUUCGCUGGCCAACUGGAGCAAAACCGCUACCACAGCAUCUUUUGCUGUAAGAUCCCUUCCGCGGAAUACCUGGACCGCAAGCCCGUGUGGUUCCAGGCAGUGAUGAGUGAUGGGCAUCAGCAGACGUCCCAUCACGAGACGAACCCCUACCAGCACCACUUUAUCCAGCACUUCCUCCGUGAGCAUUACAACGAAUGGAUCACCAACAUCUAUGUGAAGCCGUUUGUUGUCAUCCUCUAUCUCAUUUAUGCCUCCUUCUCCUUCAUGGGGUGCUUGCAGAUCAGUGACAGAGCCAACAUCAUCAAUCUCCUCGCCAGUGACUCCCCAAGCGUUUCAUACGCCGCAGUUCAGCAGAAAUACUUCAGCAACUACAGCCCAGUAAUAGGUUUCUACAUCUACGAGCCUCUUGAGUACUGGAACAGCAGCGUCCAGGAGGAUCUACGGAAGCUGUGCGGCGGGUUCACGGCAGUGUCCUGGGUGGAGCAGUACUACCAGUUCCUGAAAGUUAGCAACAUCAGUGCCAACAACAAGAGUGACUUCAUCGCUGUCCUACAAAGUUCAUUUCUAAAAAAGCCAGAAUUCCAGCAUUUUCGAAAUGAUAUCAUCUUCUCCAAGGCCGGGGACGAGAAUAACAUCAUUGCCUCUCGCUUGUACCUGGUGGCCAGGACUAGCAGAGACAAGCAGAAGGAAGUCAUAGAGGUUCUGGAAAAGCUGAGGCCCCUGUCCCUCUCCAAGAGCAUCCGAUUCAUCGUGUUCAACCCUUCCUUUGUGUUCAUGGACCAUUAUGGCUUAUCUGUCACGGUGCCUGUUCUGAUCGCAGGCUUUGGUGUCCUCCUGAUGUUAAUCCUGACCUUUUUCCUCGUGAUCCACCCUCUGGGAAACUUCUGGCUAAUUCUUAGCGUCACCUCAAUUGAGCUGGGCGUUCUGGGCUUAAUGACAUUAUGGAACGUCGACCUGGAUUGCAUUUCUAUCUUGUGCCUUAUCUACACUUUAAAUUUCGCCAUUGACCACUGUGCACCACUGCUUUACACGUUUGUAUUAGCCACUGAGCACACCCGAACACAAUGUAUAAAAAGCUCCCUGCAAGAGCACGGGACAGCCAUUUUGCAAAAUGUUACUUCUUUUCUUAUCGGGUUGGUCCCCCUCCUCUUUGUGCCUUCGAACCUGACCUUCACACUGUUCAAAUGCUUGCUGCUUACCGGGGGUUGCACACUUCUGCACUGUUUUGUUAUCUUACCUGUGUUCCUAACCUUUUUCCCCCCUUCCAAAAAGCACCACAAGAAAAAGAAACGUGCCAAACGAAAGGAGAGAGAGGAAAUUGAAUGCAUAGAAAUUCAAGAGAACCCUGACCACGUCACCACAGUCUGAAGGGUGUAGACUAAUGGAUUAUUUUUCUUUUCCAGUAUUGCACAACGAUGCAGGGCAGGUAGUGCUCAGACCUCAGCAGCUUGGGCUGGCCAGGGGUAACAAGGCAAGUCAGAUCAAGAGUGAAUUGCUCAUGACACACUCGUGGGAGAUGUCCACUUCUUGGGGGGAAGAGGGACUCAAAGAAGGGGAAAAAGUUCUUUGCCACCUUGUUCUCCACUAAAGAUAAGUUUUUGGUGUUAUCUUAGAACUCUCCCAAGGAAUGGAUGAGUCAAUGGAGUGUUAGAAGGCCAAAGGAACUGACUGCUUUUAAAAAUAAAAUGCUUAGGAGAGAUGAAGAAGAGAGGACA